AUGAAAAGAGAAAAACGAGAUAAUUCAUUUGAGAGAUCCGAAAAGGUAAAUGAAUCAAGUAGCAGUGAUCAUGUGACACAGAAACAUAUUCCAAAUGUAGAACCGGAAAAUGAUAGAGAAAAAAAGGAAGAAACAAAAUUAAUGAAAAACGAGAAAAAUAAUUUUAUCAUAUUUUCUUCCCUUUUGAGAUAUAAAAAAUAUUUAACAAAAAAGGGAAAUACGUAUUUCGAUUUCAAUCAGACAAAUUUAAAGUUAAAUGAAAAAGAAAUUCUAUUUCAGAGUAGUAAUUAUUUCCAUGUCUUUGAUUUAAGAUCUCUGUUCUAUCCACAUGUAUACGUAAAUGUUAAUUCGCAUAUGAAUAUUAACAUAUCAGACUAUUUAGAUUAUGUGAAGAAAAGUUCCUCUGUGUGUGUAACCGUGGACUCAAAGCAAAAUUUGAAAUGUGCCUCUAGACAGGAGUUCAUUUUGGAGGCCAUUCAGAACGUAGAACAUAUUGAAGUCUUCAAAAAAGUGUGCUUUGUAAAAAAACUCAUUUUAACGCUAAAUCCCAAGGUUGUCAAGAGAAUCGAAAAGUAUGUUGACAAUAUACCAGAAAUAAAUUCGAAUGAUUACAUUUUUGUUCAGACCAAUAGAAAGAAUGACAUUCUUUUUGGCUAUGUAAAAAAUAGCAAAUUUAAUUUAAUUUUCGAAGUUUUGAAUUUUAAAAAUUUUUUUAAAAAAUGCUACGAUGAUAAUGUAAGCCUAAUUACACAUGAAGUAAAUUACAAAAGUUCGAAGGAACAAAGCUUUUUUAAAAAACCUAUUGGAGGUGAAACAUACCUGAAGGAACAGGUAAUUCAUGUGAAAAGGGAAGUUUAUAAAAGGAUCAAUAUUUGUUCUGUUUAUUAUUCGGAUUAUUACUUUUUUAAAAAUUCCUUUGUUGAAUUUGUUUGGAGCGACUCAGAUAUAUUUCAAAAUGAGAUUCUUAAUGAAAGGUUAAAUGGGUAUCCUAACAAUACUACAACUACUCCCCCAGGGAAGGGAAAAGAAGAAGAAGAAGAAGAAGAAAAAACAAAAAAAAAACAAAAAAAAAUCCUUGUCUUCACUCUCUGCCUAAAAUAUAUCAAGAAUAACCUGAUCAUAAUGAUUUUAUACAAUUAUAAUAACUCCUCGAAUGAAGAAAAAAAAUGCAUAAAUAUGGAUGAAGAUAUUCCGAAUUUGAGAGAAAUGGACAUGUAUAACAAACAUUUUAACCUGAACGAGACAGAUAAAAAUUUAUUCAAAAGAAACACUUUUUUUAUAUAUAAUUUAUAUGACCAAUUAAAGUGUAAAUUGUUGUGUCUUAUCAAUUUUAAAAAAUUCCCAACUACUGCUUAUAUAACAAGUAUCUAUUUGACAAAAUUGAAGAGAUGCAAAUUAGUCGAUCCUAAAAGCUAUUCCUUUACCAUAUACUGCUUAUCGAAUGAAGGAACUGUCUAUAUUUUUAUGUGCAAUCUUAUUUUGAGGGAUAUUUUUUGCGAAGAAACAUUUGAGUUACAUGUAUCAAAGUAUUAUCAUUUUCAGUUAAAUAGGAAAGGUAGUUAUCACAACAUAAAGGUUAUUAAGUUCAGUUCUGAUUAUAUGUUCUCCUUGAGAUCGGAAUGCACCGUGAGCGGCGAGUUAGACAGCCAUUUGAGGGGUCACUUGAGCGACCAGCUAAGGGUUGAAUCACGUCACACUGUAAACCAAUGUACCCAUGAAGACGUGGAAAAGAAAAACCAAAUUGCACACAUCGAUGACAGAAACAUCACAAACAAGAAAGGAUAUGACAACACAAGAAAGGGAAGUUGCGGAAUGUAUGACAAAUGGAACACUGGGAACACUGUAAAGGAAGAAAUUUCUCCAUUCAUUGAAUGUGAUAGACAUGGCAAACCAUCAUUCAUGAACAGAAUUUUAUAUGAUUCCACUAUGGAUGACGAGAGGAACAAUCAUAGUACGUCCCAAAUGGCAAAGUACAAAUACAUAUUUCUGUUAAUAACAUCAAAGUAUGACUUUUUUAUAAUAAUAUUAAGGAGGAAGAAAAAUGAUUUGAAAAUCGAAUUAGUGAAUUACUCUUGCACGAAUAGUAACAAACCCGGAAACAUCAUCAGCAGUGUGCAGGUGAAUAAGCACAAUUUUGAGAAAGGCAGCGAAGAGAAACCCAAAGGGAAAAUCCAUGGUGAACACAAAAAUCAGAACAAAAAUAAGAGCAAAAGUCAGAGCAAAAAUCAGAGCAAAAAUCAGCAUAGAAUCAAUCCCGAUGUUCGAUACGGCAAUCGAAACUUCACAUUGCUUGAACUGCUCUGCUACUACCAAAACGGAGGUGUAAAAAAAUAUAAUUUUGUGUGCACAACUAAAAAUCAACACUUUGAAUUUUUUUUAGUUGAAAAGGAAAAAUCAAAAGGAGAAAUCCUAUGCAAAAAACAAUUUUUUAUUCCUCUUCUCUUUCCAUUUAACGAAGAAGUAUUAAAAAAAAAAAAAAAAAAUGCAAACGACAUAUUAUUGUAUAACACCGAAAUGAGCUAUUUUAACAGUAUAGUUUAUAUAUUUUACCAAGAAAAACAAUAUGAAAAUAUUGGCCUCUGCAUAAAUAACGAGUGCAUAAUUAUCAACUAUGUCAAAUCGAUCAGCAAGCUCUUCCGAAAAAUGUGUUCACAUUUGGCUAGCUGGAAGAGAGGAAACACCAGCACACAUACACAUCACAACAUGACGUAUGUUGUAGGGGAAACACGUGACAUGAGCAACCCAGGAAGAGGCACAUCCGAAAGGAGUGACGUAGGAGAGGACAUGAACGAAUCAAACAAACAGAACAAAUCCAAAAGUGAGUUAAAAAAUACAAGGGUUGCUAACCUCCAAAAAGUGGAUAUAAAAGUGAUUGAACAUCCCACAACAAGUGGUGUUUCAGAGGAUGUUUCACCGGACGAGUUGUCUAACAACAGAUUAGGGCGAAACUUAAACGGAAAUUUAUUUACCCAAAGGGAUCAUAAAACUCAUUUUUGGGAAUAUAAAUAUAUCCUUUUCGGAUUUUACGAUUUAUUUUUAAUAAAUGAAAAAAGAAAUAACCCAGAUGAAAAUGAAAAGGAUAAAAAAAGAAAUCUAAAGAAUGUAAUGAAUUCAUAUGAUGCACACAGUCAUUUUAAAUUCAUAAAUAUAAUAAAAGACUACGUCACAUAUGAUACGUUCUUUAAGUAUAUGCUUAAUUUAUCACCAAAGGAAAACAAAAAAAAAAUUAAAAUGAAUUUUUAUUAUUUUCUGCAAAUUUUAAAUUAUUUUAAAAAAUGUUACGUCAAUGAGUAUAACUCUUUUUUCCAUUUAAUAUUUAAUGAAUUUUGUCAAGAAAAUACACCCUCAUCCUUUUCCAGCUCUAUGAAUAGAAUCGCUUUUCAAUUUUAUGAGUGCAUAGAUAUAAGAAACUAUUUCUUUCUUUUAUUUUCCUUUUUCAUUCACAUGUACAAUUACUGUUUGAAGCAAUAUGGCCUUAGUAAUGACUAUUUCAGCUCACACAUAACAUACUUUUUAAUUAACAAAAAAAACAGACGAAAUAGAAAAAGGUUUAGGUAUAUUUAUAAGAUCAGUGAACACGACGAAGGACUUGCCAUGUCAAGGCAAGAAAAUGAUUUCAAAACAUCACAGGAGGAGUGCAAGGGAAAAAAUCCACCUGAGGACACUGACACGUCAAUGAAUAACACAAAACAUUUGACAUCUUUGAAUAAUAAUAAUUGGGAAGGGGAAGAAUCGAAAACUUUUAUUCCUAAGGAAAAUAACGAAAAUAACCAUAUGGGUGACCAUACGAAUAAGCGGGGACCCCACCUCGAAAAUGAAAGCAAAGACCUGCGAAUGAAAAUUCUGACUUUUCAGAAAUGCUUAUACUAUAUAAAUAAAAUAAAAAUAUAUCAUAAGUUAAUAUUUAACGAUGGUGCGAAAAGUGGAAAAAGUGGAAACUCGAUCUUCCCCGAUGUGUAUGCAAACUUGUAUCUCUGUCAAACCUUGUACAUUAUGCUAAACACGUUGAGGAUUAAUAACACCAAUGUGUUUGUGAAUUUAAAUUACAAUUUGAGGAAAAACAAUUUGGACUAUUUUUAUCUGAUAAUACUACUCAAUUUUUAUGGUCUCUUCUAUAUAAUGAUUACGUCUUACGAGAGAGUGGCAGCUGACAUUACCCUUCGCAAGGACCCCUUGGAAAAAAGUCAUCAUUUACUUGACAGCGAAGAAGCUAGGAAUUUCCCACCCAAUGCCUUCAUACCUGACGACGUGUGCACAGAAAAAGAGGUCUAUAAUGAUGGAGAUGAAGGAGUGCAUAAAAUUUUCGAGGAUAUUUUCAAAAAAGACAAUGCAAGGGAGACGCAAAGCAUAGAUAUAGAUGCAGACACAUUUGAAAGAUACCAUGUUUUAAUAUACGAAUUUGUGAAAAGAAAAAUGGAUCAUUUAAAAGAUGAUCAUUAUAUCUUUGAGCGAAUAUUUUUUAAAAUAAAUUGUGUUCUUUGUGGAAAAGUAUGUCUAUCGAAUUUGUAUAAUCAUUAUUAUAUAUGUGAAAAUAAACAUGUGUUUAACAAGUGCAUGACAAGUUUUUGUUGCAUAUACAAGAAUAGUCUACUUAUACCCAGCGUUUUCAUAUCUCAUGAUUUAAAUAAGCAAAUAUUUGAAGAGAAAAUCAGUACUUUACAAUUUAAUUUGAGAAUAAAAUUGGAUUAUACAUACUUUUGUUCCUUUUGUUAUUUUUUUAUAACUACACAAAAUAAGUUUUUUAACAAGUAUUUUCUUUUUAAUCAAUGUCCUUUUUGCAAUCAUGAUUUAGUCACUAUGUGA